GCCGUGGCUCGCGAUGGUGGAGAGCUGGUACAUGGACGAGUCCCAGGAGGACCCGCAAAAGGAGCACCGCCGGCGGCCCAACGAGCCUGUCAGCCUCCAGCAGCUGCGUCGGCUUGGCGUCGUCUACUGGAAAGUAGGCAGGAGGGCAGCGCCGCGCUGCGGGAAAGGCGCCGGCAGGAGACAUUCCCGAUAGUCUGGUUAGAUGCAGACCGCUAUGAGAAUGACCCAGAGCUGGAGAAGAUUCGGAAGGAGAACAACUACACUGGGAUGGAUAUUAUAACAAUAGAUAAAAAUAAGCUGCCAAACUACGAAGAGAAGAUAAAAAUAUUUUAUGAAGAGCACUUACACCUGGAUGAUGAGAUUCGCUACAUCCUGGAAGGAAGUGGGUAUUUUGACGUCCGUGAUAAAGACGACAAAUGGGUCCGGAUUGCUGUGGAAAAGGGAGACAUGAUCACGCUUCCCGCUGGCAUCUAUCACCGAUUUACAUUGGAUGAAUCUAAUUACGUGAAGGCAAUGAGACUCUUUUUUGGAGAACCCGUGUGGACCGCUUACAACAGACCAGUGGAUCACCUUCCUGUUCGAAAGCAAUACCAACAGUUUUUGGCACAGAUAGUAGAAGGAGCACCUGGCAAGAUAUAGAAAACACAAAUUAGGCCAGAGCAGCAUUCUUCACACCACAUGCUAUUAAUGAACCUUUGGUUUCCUGCAGAUCUAAUAUAGGGGAAGUGAAUAGGGAAUUUUGAGCUGUUCUACCUAAAUUAAUGGGACGCAUUUCCUUUCAUUCAAAUCAGAGAGAACUUUUUGAGCAGAUCUUGAGGAUGAAUUUAAGCUUGACUAAUCAUUUCAAGCUGUUCUCUAUUCAUUUGACUAAAUAUUCAGUUAUAUCAGUAAGGUGAUAUAGCACAGCCUUCCCCAACCUGGCACCCACCAUGUAUUUUGGGCUUCAGUGCCUGUCAUUUACAGUCUGCAUGGCCCAUUUCUGGGGAUUGUGGGAGCUGCUGUCCACAGUAUUUGGAGACAGCUAGACUGGAGAAGACUGAUAAGGUACAACAGAAACUUUCUUGUUUUCUGUACAGUGAGGAAUCUUUUUUUUCUUUCAAAAAUAAAAGUAAACCUUUCAGGUAGUUUAAAAUAGGUUGUACCAUGGAAGUACUUGUGGGAGGGAAAUUCUCCUGGUACAAGGAUCCUUGCAUCAGAUACAACCUUCUGAGCAGAAAUUACUGAUAUCAGUCCUCUAGUGCUGACCAAAUCAGGUUCUAAUUGGAAGGGUGAUUUCUGUAGUUCGCAUGUAUCAACUUUUCUUGCCUCUGCUGGAAAUCACUACCCGAUUCACUGUUGUGCCUGGAGUAUUUCCUGCCUUAUCUAUAAUCAUUGUUGUGCUUUAUAAUUGCUGUAAUGUUAAUUUUUUGUAGGGAUAAUAAACCAAAUCUGCAUCUUCUGGUUAA